AUGUUUAUGGACUACAUGAACCGAGUGUUGAGGCCAUUCUUGGACAAGUUCGUGGUGGUGUUCAUCGACGAUAUUCUCAUUUACUCGAAGAGUAAAGAGGAACACGAAGAGCAUCUACGUCAAGUGCUGGAAGUUCUGCGAGAGAAGGAACUCUAUGCCAAUGGGUCGAAGUGUGAGUUCUGGAUGGAAGAAGUGAAGUUCUUGGGUAAUGUCAUAUCGAGCAAGGGUGUGGCAGUAGACCCCAGCAAGAUUGAAUCAAUUUUGUCGUGGGAACAACCUAAAACAGCAAGCGACAUUAGAAGUUUUGUUGGACUUGCUGGAUACUACCGACGUUUUGUCAAGGAUUAUGCGAAGUUAACUUCUCCGUUGACGCAAUUGAAGAAGAAGAAUCAACCGUUUGCACGGACGGAAAAGUGUGAGGCUAGAUUUUAG